CGACUGCUGUACUGUCCCAGCUUAGACCAGAUCCUAAUCUUGCGAGCCAUUAGAAAAAGAAAUAAAGAGAAGACACAGAGGGAGAAAAAAAAAAAGGUAAAAAGAAAACAAAUGUUAGAUAUCCGCUCAUGUCCUCCUGGAUACCACGAGACAAUGGUGUCUUGUUGAAGCAGAGGCAUCAUGGGUUUCCCUUCACCUAAUCCACGCUUCGUGUCGUGCUCAAACAUAUAAUAGAGAGGGGGAGAUUAGCAAAAGAAAAUUAGAAGGAACGAUAGUGAGGUGGGAAGGAAGCUGUUGAGUGUGUUGCAGGGCGAAGUUCCUACAGCUUUGCUUUCCAUGAUCUGUUGCCUUUGGAGGUCUAAUGGCUAAAGAUAACUAUGGACCUCCAAAGGUCCAUCUAGAUUCAAGAAGGCAGCGUUUAACUUGGGUAUUAGGUGUAAGCGGUCUCUGUGUUCUUUUCUACGUCCUUGGGGCUUGGCAAAACCCCGCUGUACCCAAAUCCAGUGGCAAUGUGUCUAACAAAAUUGAGUGUGACGCUGCGAAUCCAUUGUCCAAUUCCCGUUCCACUGCUGUGCCAUUGUUCUCAUCGUCAAAUGCCGGUCUCGAUUUCGAAGCCCGCCACCAGCUGGACCUCAAUGAAACAUUGGCAACGGUCGAGAAAUUUCAACCCUGCGCUCUGAACUUCAGUGAGUACACACCUUGCCAGGACCGAACGAGGGGGAGGAGGUUCGAACGAGAAAUGCUGAUAUACCGGGAGCGUCAUUGCCCUGAAAAGGAUGAGCUUAUCAGAUGCUUAAUCCCUGCACCACCAAACUAUAAAACCCCUUUUAAGUGGCCUCAGAGCAGAGACUAUGCUUGGUUUGAUAACAUUCCUCACAAGGAGCUCAGUAUUGAGAAGGCUGUCCAAAAUUGGGUUAUAGUGGAAGGUGACAGGUUCAGAUUCCCUGGUGGUGGAACAAUGUUCCCACGAGGUGCCGAUGCUUAUAUUGAUGAUAUAAAUGCACUUAUCUCUUUAACUGAUGGUAGCAUCAGAACUGCAAUUGAUACAGGCUGUGGAGUUGCUAGCUUCGGAGCUUAUCUUCUCAAGAGGGAUGUCAUCACAAUGUCAUUUGCACCAAGGGAUACACACGAGGCCCAGGUGCAAUUUGCUCUGGAGCGAGGAGUUCCAGCAAUGAUCGGAGUGAUAGGAUCGCAGCGGAUGCCAUAUCCAGCACGAGCUUUCGAUAUGGCUCAUUGUUCACGGUGUCUUAUCCCAUGGUUUAAGAACGAUGGUCUUUACCUAAUUGAGGUCGACCGAGUUUUAAGACCAGGAGGCUACUGGAUUCUGUCGGGUCCUCCAAUCCAUUGGAAGAAGUACUACAAAGGUUGGGAGAGAACCCAAGAGGAUCUGAAACAAGAGCAAGAUUCAAUCGAGGAUGUGGCAAAGCACCUAUGCUGGAAGAAAGUGAUAGAGAACGAUGAUCUUGCAAUUUGGCAGAAGCCCAUCAACCACAUAGAAUGCAUUCAGAGUCGCAAGAUCCAUAAAACACCACACAUCUGCAAGAAUGACAAUGCUGAUGCUGCCUGGUACAAGAAACUGGAGGUUUGUAUAACACCAUUACCAGAGGUGAAUAAUGAGGAAGAAGUUGCUGGUGGAGAGCUGGAGAAAUGGCCUUAUCGGGCUUUUGCUGUCCCACCAAGAAUAAGCAGGGGUUCUAUUCCAGGGGUUACUGCCGAGAAUUUUGAAGAAGACAACCAGAUGUGGAAAGAACGGGUGACGCACUAUAAACGUAUUGUUCCUCCUCUACCUCAGGGUCGUUACCGGAAUGUGAUGGACAUGAAUGCCAACUUGGGAGGUUUUGCAGCGGCACUGAUAAAGUACCCGGUGUGGGUGAUGAAUGUCGUCCCUGUCAACUCAGACCGGGACACACUUGGUGUCAUUUACGAGCGGGGUUUCAUUGGCACAUACCAGGACUGGUGCGAGGCUUUCUCGACGUAUCCAAGAACUUAUGAUCUCCUCCAUGCUAAUGGUGUGUUCAGCACCUAUCAGGACAGGUGUGACAUAACAUACAUUCUCUUGGAGAUGGAUAGGAUAUUGAGGCCACAGGGGACAGUGAUAAUCCGGGACAUAGUGGAGGUCCUCACAAAGGUAAAGGCAAUAACAGAUGGGAUGCGAUGGAAAAGUCAGAUCAUGGACCAUGAGAGUGGACCCUUCAAACCUGAAAAGAUCCUUGUGGCUGUUAAGACGUACUGGACUGCUGAACCCUCCAAACAGGACUAACUAAACUUUUUUGUGUUGUAAAAUCUCAUUGUUGCUGUCUUUCACUUUUGCUUGAAGCAUCUGAUUCUUUGUAAUCCUGGGAAAUGGAGUUGCUAGGCUAGAUGGUCGUGGGUUGGUCGGUGAUAUAAUUUUUUGGUGAGAAAAGGAGUUGCUUUCUACUUGCAAUAUUUGGAGAGGGGAGUGGGGGAAGGGAAUAUAAUGGUAUUAUGAUUGGUUUUAAAUCAAUUAUUGAAAUUAUCAUCUUUGAAC